AUUUGUGGCAUUCAUAUUUAUUCCUUGAAACAUAAUUAGCUGAUACUUCUGAUUUGAAAACAGAAUUUUGAAAUUUUCUAGUUUAAUAACGAGCUAUAGAGUGCAUGGCACUUGGGAAAUGUUACUAAUUUACAGUGGCUGAUGAUGAUCCCAAUGGGUUGGGUUACUACCCUUUUUACAUGAUGGAAGCCAGGAGAGCAACGUCUCCACAGUUUUUUUCUCUCCUGCCUGAUGGAGCAGAACAUUUUCUCCAGGCUCUCUCUGUUCUUCACAGCUAAGUUCCUUUCCUUUCAAUUUCUCUUCCUGGUUCCCUCUUAUUCUCCUUAACUGUUUCAUGAUUGUGUGUGUUGAUUUCUAAUUCUGUUCUUGUUUGCUUCCCUCUGUUGAGGUAAAAAAAGAAACUCACUUUGCCACUUCGCUAUUACUUUUUGUUUCCUUUUGUUCCUUUGCUUCCUUUUUCCUCUGCUGCUAGCAAGGGUUUAUUAUUUUACUAUUUAUUAUUUUUCCUUAUUGGAUGAAUUAUUAUUUUUUCUUGAUUUGGCCGUUUGUGCCUUGGAUCAAUUCCCACCACCAAUGGUUGCCGCAGUCUUCUGAUUGGCCUAUUUCAGACCAGCGCACUCUGCUGUGCAGCACAGCUGCGUAUUCAGCAUUUGGCCUCUCAACAGCCAUUGGUUUACCAUUGCAGUACCAGCUGCUUCCACUACACCACAAGCUGCUUUUCUCCUCCUGAGUUGCCAGCUGCCACUGCGCUGCAUGCACAUUUGAGUCACCUGAAGGACUUCCUGCCUGUUUCUGCAGUACCAUAUUCACCAGAAUACAAGCCGCACCUGCAAUUAAGCUGCAUCUUUAAAAUUGUAAGGGGGGGUGGGGAGACAAUACACAGGCUGCUUUCUGUGGGGGGAGCCAUGCUGCUUUGCUGGCUGCCUUCUCCCUUCUUUCCAGCGGAAGCUUGAGAGUGGCGGGUGGGCUGCAUUCCAUUGCCCCGCCACUUUACCAGCAGUGUAAGGUCGUGAAUAUAAGCUGCACUUAUACAGUCUGAUUUUGGGGGGGAAAUGUGACUUAUAUUCAGGCCAAUACAGUAUUUGGCGUUACCUCGGCAGUCCGCAGCUGCUGUCAGCGCUCCUGCCUAUUGACCUCCCUACGUGCUGUUUUUCAGAGUGCACAGGAGUGUUUGGGCCAACUGCACUCUUAAAUAGCUUGCUCUGUAAUGGAAUCCAUGGAGGCUGUGCAUUACCCUGUUAAUGUGGCACCAAAAAAGGCAAAGCACAUGGAUCCAUCUGCAGAAUUGCUUAAGUGGCAGAGAUGGGUUAUUAAAGGUUUGCAUAUCAGGCAACAUCGUGCUUCUGGAAUGCUGUUAAGAUCUAAUACUCCGCUUGGUCCUAUUGUUGGGAAAGUACCUGCCCAGACUCAAAAAAAGUGGAUUGUGAAGUAUUGCUGCCACCAUGUGGUAACACUCAGACCGGAGUCAUAGAAUGGGGUUUUCAGUUAGUCAACUGGGGCAGGGGAUGUCACACAGCCUGCCACCUAUCUCAAGACUCUGCAAGCCUUAACUUACCUGCUGGUAUGAUUGAUCAGAGUAAGGAUGCUCUCAUUGCUUCUAUUUCCUCAGAACUUCACAUGGGUUUUCAGGUUUUGGGUUGCAGUUUGGUCACUCGGUCUCUAAAAGGUUCACCAUCACUGGUCUAGAAGGAGCACCCCUUUGGCAGAUAAGCUUUAUUGUCUGGAGCCAGAUGUUAUGGCAUAUCUUAAGACUUCAUCUGCAGGCCACCCAGUUGUCAUUCUGUCCUUGUAAUUUAUUGCCUGAGGAAGGGGAUGUUCAACUGAGGAUAUGACGGAUAGGCAUUUGGAUUUUGCCUUGCAUAAGGUGCAUGACACCACAGCAUUGUUUAUGUGGGUGGUUUGCACAGCUUCCUCUUGCGCAAGGGCAUACAUGAUUUGGUUGGAGGAUUUACUACAGAAUCCACCACAAUACACUUUAAGGCUCCGGCAGACCUUAAAUAAAUUACUGAAGGCACAAGCCUUUAUGGAUGACUCCGUUUUCUUCAAGGGCAAUUUCACCUCAAAUUGUGGCAUGCCGUGCCUUAUAGUUAAAAAAUUGGCAGGCGGAUGCGGCAUCUAAAGUCAAUUUGGCCACUGUUUCCUUUGUGGGGGGACAGGACACCAGUUUGAGGAUGGGGCAUUGAAGGAUGUGCUUAUUGAAUCUAAAGAUGAAAAAGGUGAUUAGUCAGAAGGAGAAUAGGAGAUAUGCCAGGUGUUUCUUCCCAUAUUCUCAACAGCCUCAGUCCUUCCGCACCUUCUGCAAUCAAAAUUGGCAAAGGGACUUCAGGUUUAGGCCACAGGGGUUCAAACUUCGAUUCAAAAGUAGACAGGGCUCCCAGUGUUUCUCCAGUUCUGCUGGUUCCCCAAACACAAAAAAACACAAAACCAAUGACUGGAUAGCCAGGUGGGGGGUCGACUGAAGAAAUUUUUCCCUGCUUGGCAACAGUCAAUUAUGAACCAGAGGGUUCUAGAGACCAUUUUGCAGGGUUACAGCAUAGAACUUAUUGUGAUUCCCCCGUCCCGCUUAAUUCCAUCACCACUUCCAAAGCAUCCAGAGCAUUGGGAAGCAGUUUGGACUUUCAAGUUUGACCUACUGAACAUGGGAGCCAAUGGUCCAGUCUCAGCAGAACAGCAAGUUCAAGGACCUUACUGAACCCCCCCCCCCCCAAAAAAAGGCCACAAGAAGUGAAGGCCAGUGCUGGAUCUCAAAUUCCUCAAUCGCUGAGUGGUUUACAAGAAGUUCAAAUAGAAUCUCUCAGUUCCAUCAGAGAAGUCCUCCAUGUGGGUGAUUAUCUCACAUAGAUCUCCAGGAUGCCUGCCUGCCAUUCCAAUGCAUUCCUAUCAAUAGCAGUUCCUGAGGUUCGCUUUAGGCAAUCUUCAUUUCCAAUUCCUCGCUCUUCCCUUUGGCUUGGCUUCCUUGCCAAGAAUCUUGUUCAAAGUGUUGGUCGCGCUAGUGGCACAUUUGCCCUUUCAAGGGAUUAAUGUGUACAUGGAUGACCUUCUUGUGAGGGCAAGAACACUACAAGGAGCUCAGGAUCAUCUCCAGGCAAUGAUGAUGGCCCUUCAGUCACAUGGAUUCUUGAUAAACAAGGGAAAAAGCUGCCUUGUUCCAUCAUGGCAGAUUAUCCAUCUGGGAGCCAAGCUGGACACAGUUCAGGGGUUGGUGGCUCUGUCUCCAGAGCGCAUCAUCAAGCUCAAGGCGGUGUCAUCUCUGCUGAGAUCGUCCAAGGACAUGACAUCAAGCGUCUGUUGACAAUUUUGGGUCUCUGUAUGUUAGCUUCCCAGAUCACGCCAUGGGACAUCAUGCCCAUCUCUUUCAAUGGUUUUUGCUUCCCUAUCAAUGAGUAAUUACACACAACCAUCACAAGGUGCUCAAGUUUCCUCCACUACUCAAUUUGUCCAUGUGAUGGUGGACAGUGGAAUCAAAUCUUCAGAAGGGAACUCCUUUUCACUUGGUGAAGUUCACCAAGGAACUGUGAUCACAACAGAUGCCAGUUUGCAGGGUUGGGUUGUGCAUUGCCAAAGGCACUUAAUGCAGAGGCUGUGAAAACAGUAGAGCAGGUGAUUGGAGCUGAGAGCAGCCUGGUUAGCAUUGGUCCAUUUUGUUCAGUUCCUGAGCAUCGAUCAUGUGCUGCUGUGCACCAACAACUCCACUGCAAUGUCACAUCUAUCAUCAAGGUAGAACAAAAUUGGCAUGCCUGCAGAGAGAAUCAUCGCUCCUAUUAAGUUGGGCAGAAAGGAAUAUUCUCAGUAUCCCAGCAGAGCAUAUUGCGAGGGAAUGGAUGCUCAACAGGCAGGUCUUCCUUCUGAUUCAGGAGUGCUUCAAAGUACUGUUCUUGGUGGCCAUCACCUCUACAUGUUGUGUAUCAGAGUUAUCUGCCUUGUUAGUGGCAAACCAUCUAUGCAUCUUCCACAAAGAUAAGGUGGUCUCCUGAACAGACCCUUCAUUUCUGCCAAAGGUACUUUCACAUUUCCAUGUCCAGCAGGAAUUGGUGCUACCAACCUUUUGCCCAGAUCCUAAGCAUCUGAAGGAGAAAGCAUGGCAUUCCUUGGAUGUUUGUCGUGUAGUGAAGGUGUACAUUCAGAUAACAAAGGACCUUAGAUCCACUGACUACUUAUUUGUAUCCUUACAUCUAUCAAGUAUGGGAAAGAAAGUUACAAGCUUCACCCGUGUGAGGCGGAUUUGGGCUUGUUUUUCUCUAGCAUACGAGUCACUUAAGUUACCACAACCAACACAUAUAUUGCCUCAUUCUAUUAGGUCAGCAGCAGCUUCGGCUACUUUUGCUGCUAAUACUUCAUUAAUAGAUAUUUGUAACGCAGCUACUUAGUCUUCACCAAGUACAUUCACCAGGCAUUGGAGAAUGGACCUGUUCGCUUUGGCUGAUGCUGCUUUUGGCCACACGGUCCUUCAUCAAGUGCUUUAGAUACUAUAACUGCAGUUGGGGAAAGCUGUGGUAUGUCCCGACCCAUUCGGAUCAUCAGCAACCACUGUAAAUAGGACGACUGGUCUUACCUGAAGUGGAGAUUUAGUAGGUUGCUGAUGAUUCAAAAGGUGCCCAUCCCUAUAGUGGUCUGCAGUUCCUUGCUUCUUUCCUUUUGUAUUGCAUUGCUAGUGUUAACUCUUUCCAUUAUUUUAUUUUAUUUGAGCUGAGCCGGUAGUGAGGUAGGCAGAUACGUACAGAUUCCUUUCCAGAUAUGUGCAAUGUCUGAUGCUGCUUGUCGAAACUGAAAAAACUGAGGGGAUUGUGCGUGUCUCCCAGAGUUCUUUGCUCUCCUGCUCUGUCAUGCGAAGAGGGUUGUAACCCAACCCACUAGGAUAAUCCGCAAGCUACUAAAUCUCUGCUUCAGAUUUGAAUCUAGUGUAAGUGCAUUUGAAGUUGAAGGCAUGGCUCAGGAAAAAACAGUACCCUGCUUACUGUCAUCUCACACAGUCCAUUCAGAGCACAAUGCAUCACUCUUCACCAUUAUGUUUGAGACCAAUCCCUUAGAUGAGACUGCCAAUCAAAAACUAAGAAUAGAGUCACAGCCUUUGGAAAUAAAAUAUGAUGCAAUGACUGUGAACAGCAUAGUAGAUUUCUUUCGACCUCCAAGUGAUGUUCAUUUAGAGCAACUAACAUCAGCAACUUUAACAAAGCUAGAAGAAUUUCGUGAAAAGACAGCAACAGGCUUAGUGUAUAUUAUAGAAACACAGAAGGUUCUAGAUUUAAGAAUAAAUCUUAUGGCUUCUUAUAUCAUUGUACCACAAGGUGGAUUCUAUGAACCAACAUCAAAUAAGUUACUUUUGGAUCUUGGUAACUUAAAGAUGACAAGUAAAAGUCGGUCUGAGAUUAUCAAAAUUGGUGAAAACACUCUUGAAGAUAUUAUGUCAAGAGCAUAUGAUAAGUUUGACAUUCAGCUCAGCAGCAUACAACUUCUUUAUAGCAGACAUGAUGAAAACUGGGAGGAAGCUCGAAACUUACGAUCCUCAUCUCAGCAUAUCAUACAGCCUCUGGAUGUGAAAAUGGAACUGAGCAGAGCAAUGGUUGUAACAGAUGCAAGAAUGCCCAAGUACAAAAUGUUUGGUGAACUGCCAUUACUGUCUUUCAAUAUCUCAGAUGAGAAAUUGAAAAGUAUUCUGGAUCUUAUUGAUAGUAUUCCUUUACCAGAAGCUCCUGAAACUACUGUUACUACACAACCUUCCAAGCUUCAGGUAUCACCAGUGAUGACAACACCACAAAUGUCAACCUCUGUACUUCCAUUUCUAGAAUCUCUUUCAGUAGCUGGAUCAAGUGAAUCUGAAGAAGAAUAUUUUGAUGCCCCAAGCAGUCCUGUAGAAGACUGGUCAUUCUUUGAAGCUUCUUUGGGGUCCUCAAGUAGGCCUGGCAGCUUAAAGAAAAAGGCAGUGAGACGGGAAUCAUUGAAGAAUAUGAUAGAUUUCCAACUAAGAUUUGAAAUACCUGAGGUGUUCUUUCAAGUGUCUCGUCUUACUGGAGGUAUUGAAAAGCCAAUUCUGCGUUUGGAGAUUUAUAGUUUAGGCACUGAGCUUAAGCUAAGAACAUAUGAUAUGGCAGCCACCGCUUUUCUUAAAGAGAUUUGCUUAAUGUGUCCAGAAUACAUGGAUGAUAAAAAUAAGCCAGUUUACCUCAUUUCAACACUGGAUAAUUUAGUUGAUGAUCUUCUAGCCAUUGAAUAUGUAAAGGCAGAUAUUAAUGCCCCAGAGCUGAAAACUACUUAUAAGAAUGUGGUACAGCUAAUAAAGGUUACUUUUUCUUCUAUAGAUAUCCAUUUACACACAGAAGCACUUAUGAGUACCAUGAAUUUCCUAAAUAAUCUUCUUCCGAAACAAGAGACAAGUUCAGUAGAGAUCGUCCAGGAAAAAGAAGAGAAGAAGGAAGUUCUUAAGAAAUUUACUUCAAAAAAGUCAAGGUGUGAAGAUGUUUGUGAUCUCCAUGUUUGUGCAGACAUGUCCUGUUUACGCAUUUUUAUAAGAGAACAAAAAAACUGGAUAUCUGAAAUCCGCAUUGAAGGUCUUGAUAGUGAGGUGAUGAUGAAGAAAGAAACAACUGAAGUAUCAGCGAACUUAAAGAAUAUCGUUAUUUUGGAUUGUGAUGAGGCAGCACUGCAUAAAAAGGCUCUGUAUAUUACAGGCAAAGAGGUCUUCAGUUUCAAAAUGGUGACGUACAUGUAUGCUACAUAUGACAUUUCGUAUGCUGAUAUGGAAGCUGUUGACAGCCAGGUUUACUUAACUGUUGGAUGCAUUCAGAUUGUUUUUGUCAACAAAUUUGUCUCUGCUAUUUUGGCUUUUGUAAACAAUUUUCAGACAGCAAAGGAAGCAAUUACUGAAGCCACUGUUCAAGCUGCUGAGAAAGCAGCUACUGGUGUAAAGGAAUUGGCUCAACAAAGUUCCAGAAUGGCACUGGACAUUAAUAUUAAAGCACCCGUUGUCAUAAUUCCACAGUCGGCAGUAUCUACUGAUGUUAUCGUUGCUGAUUUUGGGUUGAUCACCAUAAAGAAUGAAUUCCUUCUCAUUAAAACGUCACUACGAUAUAGUGUCCCACCUAUUCUUGAUUGUAUACAUGUGAAACUGAGUGAUCUAAAGUUGUACAGAUCAAGUUGUAUAAGUGGUUUAUUGCAAAAUGAAAUACAGCUGCUGCAACCAUUAAAUCUUGAAGUUGGUGUUGAACGCAAUUUAGCCGCUCUCUGGUAUCAUGAAAUUCCUGACAUUAAAAUACUUGGACGUCUCAAGCCAAUGAAUCUGAUUCUGAGUCAGGAUGAUAUAACAACUAUCUUGAGAACACUGAAUGAAAAUUUAGGGGAUAGCUCUGGCCCUCCACCUCCUGUACCGGAAAAAAAAGAUGUACUAAGCAUCCAUAGUGGAACAGCAAGUGUUUCCCAACAUUCUGGAGCUGGAAUAAGAAUAGUGACAUCUGCUGUUGUAGAAGCACGUUCCUCAGUUAAGACUAAAACAGUACUGAAAUUGGACUUCCGGAUUGAUUCCCUGACUCUAGUUUUGUACAGUCCAAAUUCCAGCCAGCAGCCUACAAAUCAGAGUGAACGAGAUGGUCAUUUGAAACUUGCAGAAUUUAAACUGUUGUUAAUAUCAGCGGCUGUCAAAAUGGUGUCAGAUGGGUCAAUGAAUGCCUCAGUCAAAUUAACAAACUGCACUUUAGAUGAUAAACGACAGACAGUCCAGAACGCUACACCAAGAAUGGUAGAAAUGAAGUGUGAAUCCGAAAAGAAAGUCAUGAUGGAUAUAUCUUAUAAGCAGGCGAGAGAUGGCAACACUGUUCUUGACACAGUUGUUAAUGAGACAUAUGUCUGUGCUAGCAUAGAAUUUCUUCUUACUGUUGCGGAUGUAUUUCUAAAUGCUACUGCUGAAAGUGCCGCUGCGCAGAAAAACUUCAAGCAAACUUUAGCUGUGAAGGAACAAGUUUCUGUACAACCGGUAUCCACAAUGGAAAUACAUGUCGUCAUUAAAAAUCCUGAGAUUGUAUUUGUGGCUGAUUUAACAAGAAGUGAUGCUCCUGCACUGGUGGCUACAGCACAGUGUGAAGUCUCCAUGAAAUAUGGCCCUGAAAUGUAUAAAAUGACAGCUGCUGUUAAAGAUAUAAUGGUGAAAGCCUGCCCUUUUCUUCCAGAUAUGAGAAAGGGCAGUAUUACUACGAUAUUGCAGCCCUGUGACCUCUUUUUUGAUAUGAUACAGUCAGGUGAAGAUCCUCAGAAAGCUGAUCUGUCAAUUAAGUCCAUCACAAUUAAGGUGACACCAAUUAUCUUAAAUACAGUAACAACCAUUACAUCAGCACUCUUCCCAACAAAUGAGACUACAGAGAAAGACAUUAGUCCAGUACCUCCAGAUAUUUGGGAUCAGAAGAAUAUUAAAAAUCUAAAAAUGUGGUUUCUUGAAGAGUCAAGUGAAAAUAAAGAUCCUGCUUCUGUAAUUGAGUUGGUCCCCACAGGAGAGACGAUGAAAAUGAAAAUUGAAACUGUUGUUAUAACCCUUGAAGCUGGGGUUGGCCACAAAACAGUGCCAAUGCUAUUAGCAAAGUCAUCAUUUUCUGGAGAAGUUCGAAACUGGAGUAGUCUGAUCAAUCUCUCUUCUCGUCUUGAAUUAGAGGUACAUUAUUACAAUGAGAUGUUUGGUGUUUGGGAACCAUUGCUUGAACCACUGGAAGUUGAAAACACUGAUGAAUUCAGACCUUGGGUUCUAGAAUUGAAGAUGAAGAAGAAAGCCAAGAAAGCUUUAGUUGAAUCAGUUGCCGAAGAAGAAAACUACAAAGUCCCAGAGUACAAGACAGUAAUAACUAUUUUUUCUCAAGAUCAGCUGAACAUUACAUUGUCCAAAUGUGGCCUACUAAUGUUGAGUAACCUUGGCACGGCAUUUGCAGAAGCAGCUUCAGAAACUUCAGAAAUCUCCAAAAAAGACCGGGCCCCCUUUGUAUUAAUGAAUUCCUUAGGAGUCCCCGCCAUUGUCUUGCCUAGUGACUCCUUCAAUGUUCUUAAUGUUGAAUCAAAGGGGGAUUCAUUUCAUCUUGAAGAUGGGCAAAGUCUAAGUAUGGAGUAUGUCAGAACUAAAAGUGAUCAAGACCAGUUUACAGCAAUGACUACCCUAAGCAGCAGAGUAUUCUACAUCUGGAUCACUCCUCAGAACCACUCCACUACAGAAAAGAUUCCUCUGACAAAAGUGGGACGAAGUCUUUACAGAGUAAGACACAAUGACUCUGGUGUUGUGAGAUCUGUAGUUUGUCAAAUUGACACCACUGAGGGGAGCAAGAUGAUAACAGUGCAUUCUCCGAUUCAGAUAAAGAAUCAUUUUUCAAUUCCUUUGAAAAUAUUUGAAGAUGGAAAAUGUUUAGGAAUGGCUCUACCAGAGGAUGAAUUUAACAUACCUUUGACCUCUUACAGAGCGCUACUGUUUUUUCGACCAGUAGCUGAUGAAGGCGGAACUUCUGGAGAGUAUACAUCAAGUGAAGGAGUUAGUUUUGAUGAAAUGGUGAAGAAUUUUGGCAAAGUGUUGCAGAAGAAAUGUCAGCCUACAAAAUCACCUAACCACCCACUCAUCAUCAAUAUUGUUCCAAUGCAAGAUACUCUGAUAUCUUCAGUUUGUAUAGAUGAUCAAUGGGAUUUACCAUAUGUUGUUCAUUUAUGGCCUUCUGUUCUUCUCCGCAAUCUUCUUCCAUAUCAGAUUGCUUAUUCCUUAGAGGGACAGAGUACAACCUGCAAUACUCUAGAAAAUGGAUGUUCAACUCAGAUUCAUAACGCGGUAUUAGAUCAGAGCAAGCUGCAAUUACAUUUACUUAAUUAUCUUGGUAAAAAUUGGACUGCUGAAUACCACACUCGAAUGAAUCAGCAAGAAAUUAGUUUCGUCACAUUCUCAUGCAUCACUGACGUUGACAAGGCAGAAUUGGACAUUGCUGUGCACAUAACCUAUGCCACGGGACAAGUGAUUAUAGCAAUUCACAGUCCAUACUGGAUGGUAAAUAAGACUGGUCGAAUGUUGCAGUACAAAGCUGAUGGCAUUCAUCGCAAACAUCCACCUGAUUACAAGAUGCCACUUCUUUUUUCUUUCCAACCAAAACACUUUUACAAAAAUAACAAGGUUCAGCUCAUGGUGACAGACAGUGAACUUUCUGAUCACUUUUCUCUGGAUACUGUUGGCAGUCAUGGUUUCGUUAGAUGUAAGGGCAACAAAAAUGAAUACCAAGUUGGUGUCACCAUACAUAACAGCAGUUUCAACAUCACUAGAAUAGUGACUUUCACGCCUUUUUUUAUGAUCACAAACAGAAGUAUGCAUACUUUAGAAGUAGCUGAAGAGGACAAUGAAAAGUGGAUACCAAUAAUUUCCCAGCAGUGCACUCCUUUUUGGCCUGAAAAAAAUGAAAGCAAGUUACGUGUUAGAGUAGAACAUUCUGACAUUCCACCAAAAAUUAUUCGGUUUGAUAAGCAAGAAAAUUGUUUGCUGCUACAUUUAGACAACAGGCUUGGAGGCAUUAUUGUGGAUGUUACACCAGCUGAACAUUCAACAGCAAUUACAUUCUCUAAUUAUCAUGAUGGUGCAGCUCCUUUCCUGAUCAUUAACCAUACCAAAGAAGAAAUGGUUGAAUACGGGCAAAGUUCUCACAAUGCAAUGGAAGAUGUUCUGUCCCCAAAUAAAGCAGUUCUGUACACAUGGGCUGAUCCUGUAGGGUCUAGAGCAUUGAAAUGGAAAUGUGGAAAGAGCAGUGGGGAAGUAACUCAGAAAGAUGACUUGAUGACACCUAUCCAAGUGGGAAGCAAAACUAUUUAUUUAGUUUCAUUUUUUGAAGGCUUGCAGCGAAUUAUUCUGUUCACUCAAGAUGAAAAGGUUUUCAAACUAACAUAUGAAAGUGAAAAAGCUGAACUGGCAGAACAAGAAAUCAUUAUAUCAUUGCAAGAUGUUGGGAUUUCUUUAGUAAAUAACUAUUUAAAACAGGAAGUAGGCUACAUUGGCAUCACAAGUUCUGAUAUCAUUUGGGAAACAAAACCUAAGAAAAAGUCAAGAUGGAGGCCACUGAGUUUGAAACAAACUGAAAUGCUGGAGAAAGAAUUUAAUGACUACUGUGAGCACUCACCCACAGAAAAUAAAAUAGUGGAGCUGGAUGAUAAUACUCCGGUCUGCUUGACACCUACUGGUAAUAACAUGAAAAUGCUUCAACCAAAUGAAAUCCCUGUGAGAAGAAGCUUCUUGCCAGCUUUAAAAGUACAAUACAGUACAUCUGAACAUCAGUCAUCCUUCAGAGUCCAGAUUUAUAGAAUACAAAUACAAAACCAGAUUCCUGGAGCCAUAUUUCCCUUUGUGUUCUAUCCUAUUAAACCUCCCAAGUCCAUCUCCUUGGAUUCAGAACCCAAACCUUUUACUGAUGUCAGUAUUGUCAUGAGAACUGCUGGGCAUUCUCAAAUAUCACGUAUAAAGUAUUUUAAGGUCCUAAUUCAAGAGAUGGAUCUCCGAUUAGAUCUUGGUUUUCUUUAUGCAUUGGCUGAUUUCUUUACACUUGCAGAUGAAGUGCCCAAAGAGCAAGAGAUAGAACUCUUCAAAAAGGAUGUAGAAUCUGUACACGAGGAAUUGAAGAAUAUAUCAUCAACAGACACAUCACAAAUCAGCCUAUAUGAAUAUUUUCAUAUUUCUCCAAUCAAGUUGCACUUAAGUUUUUCACUUAGCACUCCUCCAGAAGAUAGCAACAAGGGAGAGACACGCAAGGAGCUAAUUCCAGUUCAGUCCUUAAACCUCUUGUUAAAGAGUAUUGGGGCCACACUCACAGAUGUGCAGGAUGUUGUUCUUAAAUUGGCAUUCUUUGAGCUCAACUACCACUUUUGUACUACAGAGCAACUGCAGUGGGCUGUAGUUAUGCAUUAUUCAAAGCAGGCUAUUAAGCAAAUGUAUGUUCUUAUUCUUGGACUGGAUGUUUUGGGCAAUCCAUUUGGAUUCAUAAGAGACUUGUCUGAAGGAGUUGAAGCAUUCUUCUAUGAACCUUACCAGGGGGCUAUCCAGGGUCCAGAAGAGUUUGUAGAAGGAAUGGCACUGGGUCUUAAAGCCCUAGUUGGUGGUGCUGUUGGUGGAUUAGCUGGUGCUGCAUCAAGAAUAACUGGUGCUAUGGCUAAAGGAGUAGCAGCAAUAACUAUGGAUGAAGACUAUCAGCAGAAGCGAAGGGAAGCCAUGAAUAAACAGCCUACUGGCCUGAAAGAGGGUAUCACUCGUGGUGGAAAAGGCUUGGUAUCUGGUUUUGUCAGUGGAAUAACAGGAAUAGUAACAAAGCCAAUAAGAGGAGCCCAGAAAGAAGGAGCAACAGGUUUCUUCAAAGGCGUUGGGAAAGGAUUAGUGGGAGCUGUAGCAAGACCCACUGGAGGAAUAAUAGAUAUGGCUAGCAGCACCUUUCAGGGAAUUAAAAGAGCUACAAAUGCUUCCGAAGAUGUUAUGAGCUUGCGUCCUCCCCGCUUCUUUGGUGAGGAUGGAGUCAUUCGACCAUACAGAUUAAGAGACGGUGCUGGAAGUCAAAUGUUACAGAAUAUUGAAAAUGGAAGAUUUGCCAAACUGAGAUACUUUACACAUGCAAUGGUUAAUAGUACAGAUUUACUAAUGGUAACAAAGAGUGGUAUAUUAUUUGUGACCAGAGGUACCUUUGGACAGUUGACAUGUGAAUGGCAGUACACCUAUGAUGAAUUUACCAAGGAGCCAUUCAUUGUUGACGGGCGGAGGUUGCGCAUUGAAGCAAAGGAACGAGUAAAGUCUGUAUUCCAUGCCAAAGAAUUUGGAAAAAUUAUUAAUUUUAAAACGCCAGAUGAUGCUAAGUGGGUUCUCUCAAAACUGGAAGAAGUGAGGGAGAACCACCCAAAAUUAUGACCAUUUGUGCAAGAUUCCAAGGUGGACAAAACAAGAGUGUGCCAAAUUGAACAUUUUGAUUGAAGCUUAGCAUGUGACAUUGCUAAGACUAUGAAGGGGAUUGUUGAAGUCUUCUACAUAGCCAGAGUAGAAAAAAUCUGCCAUGGUCAGUGUCGUUUAAACUGUUCUAGAGCUGAGAACCUCUGCCAAAUUGUGGCUUAUUGAUCUUUUUAUUUACAAAUAAUACAGUGUUACUUAUAUCAGGAGUAAAAAUGAUGUUUUCAUGCAUAUUCUGUCACAUGAUUUAAAAAGACUAAAGUCUAGAUUAGUCUUGUGAUUUUAUGUGAUAAUCAGGGUUCCUCCAUCAUCUAAGCUUUAUUUCUCCUGUCAUUGGGAUUUUAAUUAAUAUGCUAUAAUUGCCACAUUACAUGUUAAUAUUCACUGAAAUUCAGUUAAAUUCUUCAGGGAAAGACUGAUUUAACCAGCAAUGCUCUUAUAUGAUCUUGCUGAUCUGUUUAUUCAAGAAGCCUUUUUAUUUACCAAUAUAUAUAUCAUGAGGUUAUUUAGUUUUUUAAAUACAAAUAAACAGUUUGUGGUACUGUAAUAUUAUUUUUAACACUCACUUUUUAUAUGAUGCAAAAAAAUAGCAAGGUGUUCUGGUACCUCAUGAUGAUGGGUAGAUGUACACAGACAAACAUGAAUUAUUGAAAGGAUAACCUAGGCAGGGGUGUGUUUUUGCAACAGUGCUUUGAAUGGCAUGAUCUUUACUUUCAAUACAUCAAAUACAUCAAACACUCUUGAAUGAAAAACUAUUUUUAGUGAGGGGAAUUUAAAUUCCAUGCUCAUGCUGAAUGCAUUGUCAUUAAUUUUUAAAAAAAAUUGAGAACAUUCAUUAACUUUGGGUUGCAUCCAACUUAGAAUAUACCCACUGAAUUUCAUGGGCGUAAAUUAAGCAAGACUCUUAAUUUCAGUGGGUCUGCUCAGAGUAUGACUAAUGUGGGAAUACAACCCAUUUCAGCAUUUAGACCCAAAACAAUUCAUAAGAUCUUUUCAGUUCUGUGUGAAAACAACAAGACUUCAGUAUGUGGAGGGUUGCAUAAACAUUUCUUUUAAUUUGAUUUUGCUAGGCUAUACAAUAAUCCCUAUAAAUGCACAUGUAGAUGAAGAAAUCACUUCAUAAAAUGGAAAAGAAUGCAAAUGUAUGGAAGUGUAUUGUCUAAUCCAGAUUUGACUUGUUUGAUGCAUGUAGUAAAUGUCUGCUCCAGAAUAUUCUUUCCAAACUCCUGUUUGGAGGAUUGAGGUGAAAGAGAUUGGCCCUCCUGAAUUUGCUGGUGGUACUUAAACUCCUCAAACUGUAGCUUUGUUGUAAAAGCUAAAUAAAGUAAAUGGCAUGCCAAAUGUAAUUGUAUGUAUUUAUAUAAUAAAAGUCUUGCUUGCUCCAUUAUGUAACCAGCUGAGGUGCUUACAGGAAUACAUUGCAGUCUUCCCCAUAACAUUUUAUUUCUUGCUAUACAAAAUGUAUAUUCAAUUAAUGGUUACUGGAUAUGCCAAAAUAUAACUUGUGUUGUGUCUCAAGAUCAUGAACGAACUCUUUCCACAUUCAUUGGUUUCACUGACAGUCAUAUCGUACUUGAGCCUUUACACUUUGAGCUGUGGCCUUAAGCGGCAGACCAACCAUACAGACCAAUAAAGAGCGUGAUGCCUCCUGGGCUGGUUACACAUUAUUUUUGUUUGUGCUUAUUAGAUUCCUAUCUCUGUGUCUGCUAGACCUAUAGAGAAAAACACAUGAGCUGUCCCAAAUACUGAGUUGGUUCAUGUAAUUUUCCCACUCUUUCAAACAUUGUAUUCAACAUGUUAUCUUUUGUCAAACAGUUUAUGCUGUAUUACUUCAUAUGACGGCGUGACAUAGCAAUAAUAGUGUAAAUGAUGCCAAACAAGUGGUAGGUCUUAACUACUGUAUAUUUAUUAAAUAUAAAAUAAAGGGAAAGCAAAUAAAAUGGGAAAUGAACACUCACUGCCUUUGCCAAAAAUGGCCACCAAAAGGUAUGGUCACCCCAAUGGAACUGGUGAAUGGGAGAUGCCAUUCAGGGGUGCCUUUAUACAUUUUGGAGUUGAGACAAGUGCACCCCUUCCCUCCUUCAGUCACGGAAACAGUUACUUUUUAUAGGCUCCAGCAAAGGGCAGAAGGGAGUUUGUUUUUAUUUUUUUAAAAAACUAACUAUGCCCCAAAGUAGAUAGAAAACAACAAAUAUUAAACAUAUUGGCAGCUAGCAUUUAACUUAUGAAUCAUAAAUUGCACAAGAAGCUGUCGUGUUUCAAGGAAAAUAAGAUGUAUGCCAUAGCCUUCAAAGAGGCUUUAAAUACCUAAAGAAUUAUAUAAAUAUAGGCUAUUUUUCAUUCAGCUUAGUCAUGCAUCUUAGUCAAAUGACAUCUGAAGGCAGCCCUGUUUGGGGAGGUUUUUAAUGUUUAAGAAAUUAGUGUAUUUUAAUGUUUCUGUUGGAAGCCGCCCAGAGUGGCUGGGGAAACCCAGCCAGAUGGGCGGGGUAUAAAUAAUAAAUUAUUAUUAUUAUUAUUAUAUAGCAUACAAUCUUCUGUAACUAAGACAUCACUGGCUAAAAGAUUAUCAAAUGCAAUUAAAUUAGCGGGUGCAGGAAGUAUCUAUAAAUAAAUAGCAGAUAUUUUUUUCUUAAAUCAUCUCAAAACUAAAAUUAUGCACCUCAGAUCAAAACCGAAUAAAAAACAUGUUGAAAGUGUAUACAUUUAAAAUCUGUAAGUAUCAUAUCUAAAUUUCCAUUUUUGUUAAGUAAAUAUUUUAUGGUCAACAGGGACACAAACAAUUGCUGCAAAUACAUACAUGGAGUUUUAAAUACAAUGCUGGGUCCCUAUGGUUUAUGCCAGAUUGAACUCCUUUAGAUUCAGCUGUAGUAUUGUGUCUCUGACAGCAGCAAAGACAAAUCUAAUGUUUUCUGUGUCUGUAGCACAUGUAAAAUGGGAAUAAAUCACUUUCUCUUUAUCUGUAUUCUGAUCCUGGUAUAACUUCAGAAUGAACUCUCUGGCAGCUUUAACAUCUUGCUUUGGUCCUGCUCAAAAGCAAAAAAAUGACACCUUGUUAAACAGAGUGAGAGAGACUCCUUGCAAUCUUCAAAUAAAUUUCUAUUUUCACUAGUGUAUGCAGAGUUAAUUCCAAUUAACUAUAUUCAAAUAUACAAAUACACACAGGUCCUGCUAUCCAAACACAAUGUGUUCUCAGUAAAUCAUUUGUUAAGUGGGUGUUUGCAUAACGAGUCAACAAUUUCCAUUGAUUCCUAUGUUGAAAUUUAUACCAUGUUCCCUGCCACAGAAUGUUUACCCCCAAAUUUUAAAAAAACCAAAACCAGGAAAACCCUCUGAAACCUUGCAAAAGGCAAGGAGGGAGGGAAAAGGAUGCUCUCUUAUUUGUCUGAUCUUUCCCCCACUCGCCAUGGUUUUUGGUUGCCAUGAAGCAGCAAAACACAAAAAGUAAGGCACUUGUUUAAGGCUGCUAAUUUGUUUACAGCACUACAACUGUGUCUGGUUGUCUGGAUAUCAGAAUCUGUGAUGUGUGUGUAGUGAGGUUUGGGUACUCAUUCCUUAUGUUUGGGUAUGUAACAAGCGUUUGGACAGUAGGACUUGUGUGUAGUAACAAAUGCUAACUUCCCACAUUGGGAAUAUGGAUGUGCAUAUAAUUUUAAUCAUUUGCUCGCAAUAAUAGGUAAAUGUUGUCUAUUAUAGUGUAGACGACAACUGGGGUAGCUAACACUUCACAUUAGAGUGCUGAUCAUUAGUGAACUGACAAAGCAGCUACAAUAAUUGCUUAUUGGUUUACCUGUGAACUCUGGAAAAUAGGUGCUUAAAUGGGAAUGCAUAAUCUUCUCUUCUAAAAGAUCUUUUUUAUUUAAGAACAAGAUGACUGAGGAGUUCAGAAACCAAGGGUAUGUGAUUAUUGUUUGAAAUAAAGCCUUGCUUUCUUCCAACCGAUUCUGCAAGAAAAGUAUGACAUGUUAGCAAAGUAUUCUUAAAGAAAUUAGUGGGUGCUGGGCUGUAUCCAACACUGAUUUCUGCUUGUGUAACAGAACUUCACCUUCAUACCACUCACUGCUUACACUUAAAAUAUCCUCCAGGGGUUUGGGGGACUCUCAAGAGCACAUAAUGGGGGAAUGUGUGAGUGGAACUCUGCCUGCGCACCCCAUUUCUGUGCUCAGAUUAAAGUAUAAUUAUUUCAUAAAGGUAAAGGGACCCCUGACCAUGAGGUCCAGUCAUGACUGACUCUGGGGUUGCAGCACUCAUCUCGCUUUAUUGGCCACAGGGAGCCGGCAUACAGCUUCCAGGUCAUGUGGGCAGCAUGACUAAGCCGUUUCUGGUGAACCAGAGCAGCACACGGAAACGCCGUUUACCUUCCCGCAGGAGCGGUACCUAUUUACAGUGGUACCUCGCAAGACAAAUGCCUCGCACAACGAAAAACAUGCAAGACGAAAGCGUUUUGCGAUCUUUUUGUUGACUCGCAAGACGAAUUUUUCUAUGUUUGCAUUAUUAUUAUUUUGCUUUGAUUUGUUUAAAUUGGAAAACUGCAAGACGAAAUUAUCGCAAUACAAAACGACUCGCGGAACGAAUUAAUUUGGUCUUGCGAGGCAUCACUGUAUCUACUUGCACUUUGACGUGCUUUCGAACUGCUAGGUUGGCAGGAGCUGGGACCAAGCAACGGGAGCUCACCCCGUUGCGGGGAUUCAAACCGCCAACCUUUUGAUCGGCAAGCCCUACCCCAAACCGAUUACCAUCCAUACAAUUAUAAUUAAUUAUAACACUAACUAUUCUUCCAGUGCUGCAAACAAAGUGCAAAUGGGGUGGAAUAUAACCAUGUUCACCACUUUGAGCUCCAUGGAGGAAAAGCAGGAUAUAAAUGCAAUAAAAUAAUCUGAAAUACAAUGCAAUGGAUUCUGUGCCAGAAUUUUGUCAGGAUACACCUACAAAAACUGAUAUUUUGCACCGAACAGGAGAGGACGACCAUUCUAUGGAGAGAGGUAUUUAGAAAAUAAUUUCCCAAAGUAAAAUGCACUAAUUGAAAUAAUCUAGAGCACUCUGUUCUUUUACCUCAUUGUUGGAUUCUGCCAAGACUUGAUCAUAUUCACUAAGAGCAACCAAGAAUAUUAUUGAGGUAACACUUUCAAAGCAGUGUAUCCAUUUCCUUCUUUCUGAUCUCUGUCCACCAACAUCUACCAUUCUGUAAAUAGAAAUAGGAGUAACUGUGUGCAAUAAGCUUCCAGGGCACCAACCAAACAAAAUAAAUCCAGCUCAACUUUGCUGUGAAGAAGACUCGGGCAUCCCCAAACUUCGGCCCUCCAGAUGUUUUGGACUACAAUUCCCAUCUUCCCCAACCACUGGUCCUGUUUACAGUAACCUGAGAAGCUGAUAAAGUUGCUCCAGGACCAAACUCAGAAGCCAUGUUAGAGGCUCACAAAAGCCCACAUUCAUAAGGGCCUUUUAUAGCCACCAAACUCUUCAGGUUUAGAUUGAAAUCUAAUUACGUAUGAUGUUAAUAACUGCAACCAAGCCUUGUCAAGGAUGAACUUUCCCCAUUUGGUUCAUAUUUGGUGCUGCUGUAUCUGGCUACUCAAUACUGCUUUACCUCGAUUAGUAACUUUGCAUAACCAAACUUACCUAAAAGUAACAUUUUGCAACUCAAAAGGAUAUUCAAUAAUUCCAGUGGUUGGCACUCUCACUCUGAGAAUAUCUUGCUCGUUUGGCACAAAUGAUGGUGCAGCAAUACGGUCAAAGUCUGAAAGGUAACUUCCAAGUCCAAUACAAACACACUUAUUUAGCAAAGUUUUACAUGUUGUCAUAAACAAAUUAAAAUACGCUGAAAUCAAAUAUUUAUUUAAGUAGAAGAUUAAUUCACAAAUAAAUGAGAGCUAAUAGACCACACAAGGUAAAAGAUGGAAGAACACGGACAUUCUAGAUUCAAAACUCAGUGCUACUGUUAAUGCACGACUACCAUUACAUGAGACACUUUCAGCCACAGUGCUCCCCCAGCCUGCCAUGUAUGAAUAACAAUAGUGGCCUACUUUCAGUUAAGCUAUUUACUUUUGAGCUGACUGUAUCAAAAAGAAACUUGUCAAUUUAUUUUAAUUGUAUACUAUUUUAUACUAUUUCAUUGUAUAAAACUAAAAUCAUAACCCAGCGGAGGAGGGAGUGGCGAUGGUGACAGUGCAGACCAAGAUUGUGACUUAAGUCUCCAAGCUCCUCUCUUUAGUUACAAGCAUUCUUGUUUUUUAAAAAAGAACUUUUCUGAAGCAAAAAAGAAUAAAAGACUCAAGAAUUUCAGGCUUAAUGCAAGGCAUUCACAUUUGCUUUAAACUAAGGAGCUUAGAAACUAUUCUAAGACCAGGAAAAUAACUAGGCCUGAUAAUCUGUUUGAUGGAACUGAUAAUGGUGCCCUAAACUCAAAAACUACAGAAUCCAAAGAUGAAGAAGAGUUGCUCUCUGAGAUCACAUUGCAAAUAAUGCAAGUAAAGACCUUAAAUCAGAAAUCAAAGAGGAUCUUACUGAAAUAAUUAAACCACUGGAGGAAAGGGUACAUGAAGUUGCUGGGCAAAUGGAUGGGGUGGCUAUAAUGGAAGCAUAGGACAUCAGCAUUAAGAUUUAAAAAGUUCUCAAAAAAAUGGAGAGUGCAAUUCUUAUGCUUGAUGUAAGGUUGGAGCAACUGGAAAAUAUUUCAUACAGACUGAACCUAAUGCUAGGGGGAUUAAAGAGGGCUCAGAACAGCAGGAUGUGGUGGACUUUUUAGUAGUCUGGUUCAAUAAGCAGUUUCUUGAGCUGGGGUACAGCACAGAUCAAACAGAAAGCCCAUAGAGCCCUCUCUCUGAUAAAAUUCUUUGCAGCACUAUUGUGCUGUAAAAGAUUGAAUAAUGAACCUGAUCAGAGAAACUGAAUCCACUAAAAUGCAAAGUAUUGCAGAAAUGUGUUCAACUGAGUUUAAUUUUGGAACAAUGAAACAAAAAAUACCAGACUAGUCCAUCACUAUAAGAAAGUAAUCUUAUUUAACAUAUUCUGCUUGCUGGUCUUAGGAUUUAAAUCCUAAAACCUCCACUAUCCUGCACAGCCCCCAAUUGCCAGACCCUUGACUAUUCAAGACUAUUCAUACAUACCCUUCAGCUGAGCCAAAGAUGUCUUGCUUGCCAAGUUCAACUGUUGAAUCACCCCCUUGCUCCCUAACAAUAAAAUGCCAGCUCCAAAGGUCUUAUCUUACUACACUAGGGAUUAUAUAGCUAUACCUGAAAUUCCAUGCAUAUCAGUUAAUAUCUUGAGCCUCCUCCACGAAAAUAGCUGUUUAGAAAGGGGGUUAUGCAAAGGGGUUGAGGUGUUUAAGUAGUGUUUGUGUAGACUUGUGUCAGACUUUGAAAAUGUGAUCAAGAUCCAUGUGUAUUGGAAUUCCAACCGCCAACCUUCUGAUCGGCAGGCCCUAGGCUCUGUGGUUUAGACCACAGUGCCACCUGCGUCCCUUUAUAGUUUCUUAGUGAAGCAUGAUCCAGAUAGCAAAUGAACUGUUCAUUUAAAAAAAACUGUUCAUUUAAAAAAAAAGCCUGCUCCAAAGGUCUUAUCUUACUAUACUAGGGAUUAUAAAUUUCAUGCAUAUCAGUUAAUAUCUUGACCCUGCUCCACUGAAUUGAAAUUUCAGCCUUCAUGACGUAGGAAAACGGCCAAGUAAACAGCUAUUUUCGUGGAGGAGGCUCAAGAUCUAUUACAGUAAGAUACAUACUAUUUAGCCGAGUCUGACAGCUGGUAUUCUCUUCGCCUGUCGUAGCAUGCUUGGAUUCCUGGAUCCUCCCACAGCCUCUUAACUGCUUCCACAAAUUUUCUCUCCAGUGUUGUUACUGUGUCUGCAUUCAGUUCUUCAAUCAUCUGGCCAGCCUCCUGCAGCAGGGUGGAGGAUGAUAGUUAUUGAUUUAGAAUCAGUUUAGUCAACAUGAAACUGCAAAAUUAGACACUGCUAGGGAUUCGAAGCAUAACCAACAGUCCCAAAUGCCAGGUUCAUUUCAUUCUUCAUGGACUGACUUUGACCUAGAAACUAGAAAGAUACCACUUGGGGAAAGGGGGGGGGGGGUUGUUGUGAGGGUGAGUGAAACAAAAAUACCCUGCACGCUGUAUAUGACUGAAUCAAUGGGAAACAAUGAACUCUUCUAUUGUUUCUAUGAUGCAUAAAUAACAUUGCUGUUCCUACUUCAUUAUUUGGAUGGUUUAUUUAUUUAUUUUUAAACACUUCUGAAUUAGGUUGCAUACGGAUGUACAUAGCUAGGUGGGAAAGUGCUGGAGAACUACUCACUUUUGGUCAGGGGAAGAUGAGCUCAUCUUGCAGCAGGAAAAAAUAAUACACUGGUCCUUGUACGUAGGUACAUCAGUAUGUACAUACUCUAUAACUGUGCAAGCUUAGAAAAUGGACAGCAACGACAAGUAAAUAAUUCUGCAGUGGGACAAUGGUCUAGACAAUGCUUUUUUGCAUUUAAUUUUGGCCACUGUGGCACAAGGAUGAAAGUAGGCUUUAUUUCACCUGGGUCGAAAACCCAAUUUGGCACCCCCAUGCACAUUUGUGUACACACACACACACAGAGAGAGAGAGAGAGAGAGAGAGAGAGAGAGAGAGAGAGAGAGAGAGAGAGAGAGAGAGAGAGAGAGA